GUGCGUGCGCUGGAAUAACUAAACUGAAGAAAAAAAUGUUAGAAAUUUUUAUUUUUUGCUUCCUCAGGAGGAAGCUUUGUUUUUCUUUUUCAUUAAAUUUGACAAUAAAUUUAAUUGAUGAAUCAAUUUAAACAUGAGAAUUUAAAUAUUGUAAAUUUUAAUGAAGCAUUUUAUCCAAUUUUCGAAAAUUAUUGUUUCACAGUUAGUAAAAUUAUUGUUUUAUUAUAAACAUUUUACAAUACAAAUCAUUAUAGUUUAUAAUUACCUUAUAUUUAUAAUUACAAUUUAUUAUAAAUUAUUUACAUUUUAUGUUUAUAAAAUUAUUUAUAUUUUCCAAUGUAAUUUUUUUGAUUGCUUUCUUCAUAUUAUUCUUUCUGUAUAAGCACCUUCAGUGGAUUAAUUGAAUAUAUUUAUGUAUGUGAGUGUAUUGUGUCUGCGCGCGUGAAUAUAAAUGUAUAUGUAAUUGCAAAGCGAAGGAUAUCGCCUGUCUUUAACAUAUUAAUCAUAUAUUUUAUAUAGUAUCAAUCAAUAUUUAAAUUAUUUGUAUGUUGUCUUUUUACUACAUUGCAUACUAUGCAGCAUUAUGCUGUUAAAAGUAUCAAAAAUGGUUUACGCAAAAAUGAUCUAGACAAAAGUUUCAAAUCAAAGUGGGUACUUAAUUUCACAGCCUAAUUAAUAUCAUUAGUCGAACAGUUAAUUAAGGAGCAUAAUACUGCGAUUAUAAGGAUGCUCUGGUAGGUGAUCAGUCUACGGAACAGCGAUUCUCUGUAAUGCACGAUGGUUUGUAUAUUAAGUAUUCUUAAAAGGAAUAGCGCUUGUAUUAUAUUUGCAAAGUGAUUCGUAUGCAGGAUUCUUGUAGCAGUAACUGCAGCAAUAUUUGCAUCAUACGCUCGUAUAAAAAAUAAUAUCCGAUUAUAUUUUACUGUAAUUUAAUUUUAAUAACUCCAUAAUAUGUCAGAAAAAUUUAUUGUAAAAUUUGGAAGGUCAAUAAUUAUCCCCACACACUUUUCUAAAAAUAAUGUAAGUCUUUUAAAACUCAUUGAAUAUGUUUCAUAGAGUAAUUCUUCGAUUAUCUAUUUUUAGAAAAGUGCACACAUUUGUGGGAGGGCACAAUUUAAAACAAUUAAGAUAUUUUAGCCUAUUAACCUUAUGAACUUUCAUGGAUUACUUCUUUUAUUUUUUGUUCAAUUUUGCCGCUCAAUGAUUCCGUGACUUAUAAUGGAAUCAUUGAACGAUAAUGAUUCUACUAUUGCGUUGCUCCAUUAGCUCAAUUUAGCUUUAGCUGCAAUCUACAGUUCUUAAAUAAAUUUCAAUGAGUGCAUUUCCUUAUCUUUCAAUAGAAUACAUUCGUUUGAAAAACUUUAGCACAAACAAAAUUACAUUCUUCACGCGUAAUAUUUAAAGAGAUUGCAAUCUACUGUGCAGAUUUACAGAUAGAUGCAAUGCGAUUGCAGGAACAUAGAGAGAUCAUAUGCUCCAAUUACCGUGAUGACUUUAUGCAUUCAACGUAGAUACAACGCAACGAGCUCUAACCGCGAACUAUAAUUGGCAUACAUUAAAAAGAAAUUAACUCACUUAUUAUAAAAAAUUGUAGAUAUUAUAUUCUUGAAAAUGUAAUAUAUGUAUGUAUGUAGGUGUGCAUGUGUAUGCAGGAAUGUUAUCUGUAAUAUUGAAUAGUGGCCAAACACGAUAUUAUAUGUUCUGUUGUAUUAUAUAUUUCUAAGAGCGGAAUAUAUUUUUAAGGGGGCGGGUGCAGAACGGUAAUAGCAAAGUUAUCUUAUCUUCAUGUUUCUUUUUCUCAGCACAGCAUUACAUUAACAGAAUAAUUUUCUGAAUAAUUAUGGUUUUUACUUUCUUUCUCUUUUAUUUUAUAUUUUGAUCAAUGGUUUUAGGGAAUAGACUCUCUUUGCGUUUUAAUCAUAAGUUAAAUAAACGCAAUUUUUUGAGGACUAAAUCUUACGAUCAAAUCACAAUUUACUUAUUUCUGAACAAAUUACAAACUGAUAAUAAUUGGAUUGAUAGUUUUCAAGAAAAAGAUACACAAAAAAGAUUGCAAAAACAUGAUUUCACAACAAAGCAUUUUAAAGGUUUUAAUACCAUUCUUUAGAAACUUAAAUAUGUCUAAAAAAUUUUGAUACUUUUGUCUUCAGAUGCACCUGCCUUUUUAAACGUGUAUUCUUAUUCACGUAUAAUUUAUGCGCAUGUUAUUUAAUGUAAAAAACUGAACUCUAUACAUUAUAUUUAUCCGAUUGUAUUCUCAUUGUUAAAAUGUAUUCAUCAUGUAAUUCGCAAAUUUAUAAACGGGUUUUACCAAAAAAUCAAAGUCAAUUCUUCUCUCUGCAAAUCUUGUAUAGUAAACGAAAAUAUUUCUCUCCGCAUUUAAUUACGAGAGAAAUCUAUAUUAAAUAUUAAACCGAUUUGAAGAUGCACCAUUUCCGAGGUCUUUGUACAAAAAUACGGAUAUGCGUGGUCGCGGAUCUAUGGCGAGAGAGGAAGGGAGCUUAUAUAUAAAGCAACUCUUCCUUCUAGGAGGAAGCGCAAUGCUCCGGAAACCAAUGUCACGCGAGGACGUUGCAGCAUCUAGUCUUCUUCGAGUUUCUUGCUUGAGUCCUUAGCUCCUAUUUAUCCGCCAUAAGCGCAAUCUCCUAUAAAUCCCGCUAAAUCGAGAAACUUACAGUGAAAUUAUUUCCACAUAUAAUAUUUUAAAAUGAGCGACGACGACGUGGCUGCAUUGGUGAUCGACAAUGGCUCGGGAAUGUGCAAGGCCGGAUUCGCCGGGGACGAUGCUCCUCGAGCCGUAUUCCCUUCCAUCGUUGGGAGACCCCGAUAUCAGGGAAUUAUGGUGGGCAUGGGACAAAAGGACAGUUAUGUGGGCGACGAAGCGCAGAGCAAACGGGGCGUCCUCACCGUCAAGUACCCGAUAGAGCACGGUAUCGUCACUAAUUGGGAUGACAUGGAGAAGAUCUGGCAUCACACGUUCUACAACGAGUUGAGAGUCGCACCGGAGGAACAUCCUGUCCUGUUGACGGAAGCGCCUCUAAACCCGAAGGCGAAUCGUGAAAAAAUGACACAGAUCAUGUUCGAGACCUUCAACACUCCGGCCAUGUACGUUGCCAUCCAGGCCGUUCUGUCACUGUAUGCAUCAGGACGCACAACCGGUAUCGUGCUCGACAGCGGUGACGGGGUGUCUCACACGGUACCGAUUUACGAAGGAUAUGCCUUACCGCAUGCGAUUCUGCGCUUAGAUCUGGCCGGUCGCGAUCUCACAGAUUACUUGAUGAAAAUUCUGACCGAGAGGGGCUAUACUUUUACGACCACUGCUGAGCGCGAGAUCGUGCGCGAUAUCAAGGAGAAGCUGUGCUAUGUGGCUUUAGAUUUCCAGCACGAAAUGGCAAUGGCAGCUGCAUCAACUGCGUUAGAAAAGAGCUAUGAAUUGCCGGACGGCCAGGUCAUCACGAUCGGCAACGAGCGCUUCCGCUGCCCGGAAGCGAUGUUCCAGCCGAGUUUCUUGGGCAUGGAGUCCUGCGGCAUACACGAGACAACGUACAAUUCGAUCAUGAAGUGUGACGUCGACAUUCGUAAGGAUCUGUACGCCAAUUCGGUGCUCUCGGGCGGCACCACCAUGUAUCCAGGUAUCGCCGAUCGAAUGCAGAAGGAGAUAACGACACUCGCACCGCCUACCAUGAAGAUCAAAGUGAUCGCGCCGCCCGAGAGAAAGUACUCGGUCUGGAUCGGCGGCUCGAUUCUCGCCAGUCUCAGCACGUUCCAGCAAAUGUGGAUCUCCAGGCAGGAAUACGACGAGUUAGGACCGUUCAUCGUGCAUAGAAAGUGUUUCUAAGGAUCUUGCCGAUUUGCAUUGCCAUCUCACUCUCUAACACUUCUCGACGGUAUUAAUCCCUAAUGGACCAUAUAUAAGGUACUUGUCAGAGAGAGAGAAAGUCAAUUUUUAUAUCUCUUGAGUAGUAAUUUAUUACAUUUCCUGAGUAUAGUGACUUCUUUUACAUACUUUCCAGAAACAGCAUCGCGCGCGUUUCUUGAAAAAUAAUUUUUUCGCCGAGAGACAUAAAUUCUUAUCCACCUGAUAACAAAUGAUUUCUUAUUCUUGA